GAGCGAAGGGGGCGGCACCACAGAGUUCACAGUUUUCACCCCGUCUGCCACUUCUGACCUCACGCCUGCCUCGCAAGUUCUUCGAGUGCGUGCCGCAUUGCGCAAAGUAAAAUCUGCGAUUCACCAUCUUCCUCUCUUUGCACGAUUCGCGGACACAGCCAUCAUGCCUCAUCCAUCUUACGACCACCACGCCUUGGACGGCGAGGAGUCUGAUGACGACGACCAACACUCCAUCUCGCUAGACGACAAAGAGCCACUCAACCAGGAAAAUCCACCACCAGCCCGGUCAUACUCAAAGAUCAGACUUUGCCUGGCUAUCGUCGUUAUUCUUUCCUUUGCCCUAAUACUAAUCUCUUUCCUCAACCACGUCCUCUCCCAAUCAAAAGACUCGCCCGAGGUCUCUCACCACCAAUCCCUCGAAGACUGCGGCCUCUCCCCCACCUCCGCUCGUCAGUCCAACUGCGUCUUCGACCCCGUUCUCAUGGGCUGGGUUCCCAUCCGGUGCCACGACGCCGACCUUGCCUCUGAGUUUCUCUCCCGAAAAGAGUUGGGGGUGUUCUACCGGGACGAGGAUCACAAUUCCACCAUGCUUCUUGAAGAAGUCAUGGCGGGUGAGUGGGAGUAUGUCUGUCUCGUGGGAGUUUCAGGUUUUGCAUUGUAUGUAUAGUUGGAAGAAGACGUUGCGGGCGGCGAUGAAUGGACAAGAAAUGGUGUUGGAUAGGUAUGUGGGUGAUAGUCAUCAUACUAAUCAUUGUGAGAUGUGGAUGAUGCAGCAGGGGAGGGAGGGGAUCAAGGAGUUGGG